AUGAUUAAAAAUGGGUUACUGGCCGCCGGGUAUAACCGUAUCAACCUGGACGACUGCUGGAGCACGAUGGAGCGAGCGGCCAACGGGUCGAUGGUUUGGGAUGCAGAAAAAUUCCCACAUGGCCUUCCUUGGUUGACAAAGACUCUAAAGGGUCUUGGAUUUAUCCCAGGAAUCUAUACUGAUGCCGGAACAAAGAGUUGCGGCGGUUACCCAGGCGCCUUCGGCUAUGAAGAGCUAGAUGCGAAGACUUUUGCCUCUUGGGGAUUUGAGUAUCUCAAAUUGGAUGGUUGCAAUAUGCCAACAGGCACUGAAGCAGAGUACAAAAAGGUCUACGGCCACUGGCACGAUAUCCUCAGCAAAAUGAAAUCGCCCAUGGUCUUUUCUGAGUCAGCGCCAGCAUAUUUUGCUGAGGCCAGCAAUCUCACGGAUUGGUACAGCGUCAUGGGUUGGGUUCCCGAAUAUGGGCAGUUAGCACGGCACUCUCGAGACACACUGGUCUUCAACUCGACAAGCUACUGGCCCGAUAUCACGGGAUGGGAUAGCAUCAUGUUCAAUUACGGCCAGGAAGUGCGAUUGGCGAGAUACCAAAAGCCUGGUUAUUACAAUGACCCCGACUUCCUGAAUGUCGAUCACUUUGAUUACAAUCUGGAGGAAAAGAAAUCUCAUUUCGCUAUCUGGUCGGCCCUCUCUGCACCUCUGAUCAUUAGUGCUUCGAUGCUGAACUUGAAGGCCGAGGAGUUGAAAUACCUCACGAACAAGGAUAUCAUCGCUGUGAAUCAAGAUCCUCUUACCCUUCAGUCUACUCUUGUCAGCCAAGAUGGGAAGUGGGAUGUAUUGACAAAGAAUCUUGCUAAUGGAGAUCGACUAGUCACGAUCUUCAAUCGUGGCGACGAGACGGAUAGCCUAAGCGUGUCAUUUGAGAGGCUAGGUGUUGGCUCUGCUAGGAAUGCAGUGGUUAAAGAUCUCUGGACCGGUGACAAGAAGACUGUUUCAGAUGAAGUCACGGCGGCCCAUGUCCCUUCCCAUGGCACUGCUAUCUUCCGGCUUUCACUUCCUCGCAACGUGGGUAGUCCCAUUCCAACAGGCAUGGUUUUCAACACAUUUUCGCUCACAACCUUGACUUACACCCGGGACGGCUUACGCUUCGCUAAUGCCACCGCGGCCGAUGGACAAGUAUGGCAAACGAUGGAUGAUUCCACCAUUAGACCCCUUUCUAGCCCGCAUAGUUGUCUCACGGAAUGGGGCCAUAACGGGGGGGUCCAGAUCGCACUAUGCAACAGAGGGCUUAUCGGCCAGCAAUGGGAUUACUUGUACUCCGGAAACAUCAAGAACCAGCGCUCAGAUAAAUGCCUCACCGAGUCGGAGCAUGAGCAUGUCACAACCUCGAAGUGUCUGUAUGAAGACAACACCCAGGUAUUCGGCUUGCCAAGUGGAAUUAAGGUUAUCGGCCAUUGA